AACGCAUACUUCCUGCCCGAACAGGGUUUGGAAGGAAAGCUCAACUUCGAGACCAUUGAAUCGACGAAUACGCAAGACUUGGAGGCACACAAAACCAUUGAAAGGAUGGCCGCAACUAUCAAUCAGUACCUCCGAAAGAGAUAAGUGAGUCUACCAUCACGUUCUGGUCGGUCACCUCUAUAUAACACAUUAUUAUAACU